AAAGUUAGAAAAAAAUUGGCGUGGGGGUCCCCCCAAAAUCCGUACAAAACCCGUAUUAUCCGAGCAUGCAGCCCGACAGGUCAGGAAAGGGAGGGAUGAGCGAGCGCCCCCCCCCCCCGAACCAUACCAGGCCACAUGCUCUCAACACGGGGGUGUGGUUUUGGGCAGAGGGGGCUCCCCCCUCAAAUCAUCUUGUCCCCACGUUGAUGGGGAUGAGCGCCUCUUCCCCACAACCUUGGGCUGUGGUUGUGGGGGCCUGCGGGCGGGAGGGCUUAUCAGAAUCUGGAAGCCCCCUU